GUUAGAAAGUAAAAGUUUAAUUCUGGAAACCACAGAAGAAAUAAGUUUAAAAGGCAAAGAAGAUAGCGAAAUCAGAAAAAUUAUUCUGGAAAAUUUUUCGAAACUUUUUCCCCAUUUAGAACUGUAUGAUGAAGCCUUUUGCGAAAGUGAAAAAAGGCUAUACAUACUCGAGUAUAAAAGUAAAAUAGAUGAAGAUUUAAUUAAACAGGUUAGGGAAUACCGCGACGGUCUUCAAAAAAAAGAUAGCAGUUUGUAUGAGUUAAUUUUAAAAUGGAAUAAACAAGUUGACAAACACCGAAAGUUAGAAGAUUUUAAAAACUGUAAAGCAAAAAUUAUUUGUAUUGCUCCGGAAUUUGAUGAUUAUGCGAUUGGUGUCGAGGAAGAAAACAGAAGUGAGGAUUAUCUAAAAAAAGUUCGUUCGCUUUCCGCUUUUUUUGAAGUAGAAAUUGGCGAAAACGAAAACAAAAGAAUAAAUAAAUGCCUUUUUUCUCUACAAACCGCUUUUGCUUUUUCCUUGAAAAUAAUUUCUCUCAAGGUCUUAGAAAAGAAGUUUAGUUUCAACGACCCCAUUAAUUUAAAAAGGAUUUCUCUUUCUUCACGGGAUGAAUUGAAAAAAUUUUUAGUUGAUUUGGAACGUGAAGUUUUUGAAAAAUGCGAAAAUGAAAUACGAAAAAUUAUAGAGCAAAUAUCUGAAUAUGAAAACAUUAACUACAAAGACGAUGAUAUUGUGGCUACUCACUUCUUUAUUGAUUUAUAUCGUUAUUUCAUUCCUUUUGAAUUAGAUACGCAAAUUGGAGAAAUUAUUGAAAUUUACCUUCCUAUGGGAAUUGAGUUAUCAGACGGCUUUUUCGGGAAAUUGCUUAGAAACAUCAGAGAUGUUAAACAAGAUGCAGUUAAAAAUAUAACUGAAAUUUUUCGUGAAGAUCUUGGAAUUGACUCUGAAGAAGAAUUAAAAUGCAUCGAAAAAAUGGCAUUCAAAUUAAUCGA